GGGGUGGAGCUGCUGGCCGCAGGGAUAUGGUCCGGAUGCAGCGAGGGGCGCCUGGCCUGGGGGCGGGCCAGGAACGUGGGGGGAAGAGCUUGGGGCAGGGCCUUCCCCGCCCGGCCUCCUGGCAAGGAGAGGUGGUCCGUCACUCCCCCCACGCCAUCUUCCCCGGCCCCCCUCUCCCGGGGCCCCUGCACCUGAGCCGUGUGCACCAGCCUGACCCUCUCACCCGCAUCCCCCCUCUGCCCAGGCACACCAGGGUGUCCAUCCCCGUCCGGGGGCCAACGUGGGUGCGGGGGACAGGCUUCUGGUCCAGAAGCCCAAGAGACUUUUGGGGUUUCUAGGACACCCCCCACCAAAGCCUGUGCAGAAGUGCUGACGGGAGAGGCCGGCCCGAGGCGCCCCGGGGUGGGGGAGAGGUCCUCAUGUGGGGUGCCGGGGGUCCCUGCCGGGGAAGCCCCAGGGCUGCCGGACGUGGGUGGGCGCGGGACCUGUGCCGGGGCGAGAUCGAAUUCGGAGGGUCUGGGAAGAAGCGAGGCAAGUUCGUGAAGGUUCCGAGCGGCGUGGCCCCCUCCGUGCUCUUUGACCUCCUUCUGGCCGAGUGGCAGCUGCCAGUGCCCAACCUCGUGGUGUCCCUGGCGGGCGAGGAGCGGCCGUUCGCCAUGAGGUCCUGGCUGCGGGACGUCCUGCGCAAGGGGCUGGUGAAGGCGGCUCAGAGCACAGGAGCCUGGAUCCUGACCAGCGCGCUCCGCGUGGGCCUCGCCCGGUACGUGGGACAGGCCGUGCGUGACCACUCGCUGGCCAGCACGUCCACCAAGGCCCGCGUGGUGGCCAUCGGCAUCGCCUCGUUGGGCCGCGUCCUGCACCACCAGCUUCUGGAUGACGCCCGGGUCCAGGAAGACAGCCCUGUCCACUACCCCGCGGACGAAGGCAGCAGCUGGGGCCCCCUCUGCUCCCUGGACAACAACCAUGCCUACUUCGUCCUGGUGGAGCCUGGGCCUCCCGGGAAGGGGGACGGGCCGACGGAGCUGCGGCUGAGGCUGGAAAAGCACAUCUCGGAGCAGAGAACCGGCUAUGGGGGCACCAGCAGCAUCGAGAUCCCCGUCCUCUGUCUGUUGGUCAACGGCGACCCCAGCACCCUGGAGAGGAUCUCCAGGGCCGUGGAGCACGCUGCCCCGUGGCUGAUCUUGGCAGGCUCAGGGGGCAUCGCGGACGUGCUGGCUGCCUUCGUGAACCAGCCCCACCUCCUGGUGCCCCAGGCGGUGGAGAAGCAGUUCAAAGAGAAGUUUCCCGGAGAACGUUUGUGCUGGGAGGAUGUCAUGCACUGGACCCAGCUGCUGCAGAACAUCACCUCCCACCCACACUUGCUCACCGUGCACGACUUCGAGCAGGAGGGCUCCGAGGAGCUGGACACCAUCAUCCUGAAGGCCCUGAUAAAAGCCUGCAAGAGCCACAGCCAGGAGGCGCAGGACUACCUGGACGAGCUCAAGCUGGCCGUGGCCUGGGACCGCGUGGACAUCGCCAAGAGCGAGAUCUUCAACGGGGACGUGGAGUGGAAGUCCCGAGACCUGGAGGAGGUGAUGAUGGACGCGCUGGUGAGCGACAAGCCCGAGUUCGUGCGCCUCUUCGUGGACAACGGCGCCGACGUAGCGGACUUCCUGACGUUCGGGCGGCUGCAGCAGCUGUACCGCUCGGCGCCCCCCAAGAGCCUGCUCUUCGACCUGCUGCGGCGCAAGCAUGAGGAGGGCCGGCUGACGCUGGCCGGCCUGGGCGCCCAGCAGGCCCGCGAGCCGCCCGAGGGCCCGCCCGCCUUCUCCCUGCACGAGGUGUCCCGCCUGCUCAAGGACUUCCUGCACGACGCCUGCCGUGGGCUCUACCAGGCGGAGCGGGGCCCGGCCGGGCGGCCUGAGGCCCGGAAGGGGCUGCUGGACCUGAACCGAAAGAGCGAGAACCCGUGGCGGGACCUGUUCCUCUGGGCCGUGCUGCAGAACCGCCACGAGAUGGCCGCCUACUUCUGGGCCAUGGGCCAGGAGGGGGUGGCCGCCGCUCUGGCCGCCUGCAAGAUCCUCCGUGAGAUGUCCCACCUGGAGGCGGGGGCCGAGGGGGGCCGCAGCGGGAGCGAGGCCAAGUACGAGCAGCUGGCCCUGGGCCUCUUCUCCGAGUGCUACCACAGCAGUGAGGACCGCGCCUUCGCCCUGCUGGUGCGUCGGAACCGCUGCUGGAGCAGGACCACCUGUCUGCACCUGGCCACCGAGGCCGACACCAAGGCCUUCUUUGCCCACGACGGGGUGCAGGCUUUCCUGACCAAGAUCUGGUGGGGGAACAUGGCCUCGGGCACGGCCAUCCUGCGGCUGCUGGGGGCCUUCCUCUGCCCGGCCCUCAUCUACACCAACCUCAUCACCUUCAGUGAGGAGGCCCUGCUGAGGACGGUUCCCGAGGGCCUCCAGGAGCUGGACGGCCUGGACUCAGAGAGGAGCCUGCUGUGCAGCCCGGGCAGCCGGCGGGACGCGCUGACCGGGGCACCAAGGGCUCGGGGUGACCGAGGUCCACGUGCUGCCUUCCUGCUGACGCGCUGGCGGAUGUUCUGGGGGGCGCCCGUGACCGUGUUCCUGGGGAACGUGGUCAUGUACUUUGCCUUCCUGUUCCUGUUCACCUACGUCCUGCUGGUGGACUUCAGGCCACCUCCCCAGGGGCCGUCUGGGCCCGAGGUCACCCUGUACUUCUGGGUCUUCACACUGGUGCUGGAAGAGAUCCGGCAGGGAUUCUUCACGGACGAGGACACGAGUCUGGUGAAGAAGCUCACCCUCUACGUGGAAGACCACUGGAACAAGUGCGACAUGGUGGCCAUCUUCCUGUUCGUCGUCGGCGUCACCUGCAGGAUGCUGCCCUCAGUGUUUGAGGCGGGUCGCGCGGUCCUCGCCGUGGACUUCAUGGUGUUCACGCUCCGACUCAUCCACAUCUUCGCCAUCCACAAGCAGCUGGGCCCCAAGAUCAUCAUUGUGGAGCGGAUGAUGAAGGACGUCUUUUUCUUCCUCUUCUUCCUGAGCGUGUGGCUGGUGGCCUACGGCGUGACCACACAGGCCCUGCUGCACCCCCACGACGGCCGCCUGGAGUGGGUUUUCCGCCGCGUGCUCUACCGGCCUUACCUGCAGAUCUUCGGGCAGAUCCCGCUGGACGAGAUCGAUGAAGCCCGCGUGAACUGCUCCCUACACCCCCUGCUGCAAGAGGGCUCAGCCUCCUGCCCUAACCUCUAUGCCAACUGGCUGGUCAUCCUCCUGCUGGUCACCUUCCUGCUGGUCACCAACGUGCUGCUCAUGAACCUGCUCAUCGCCAUGUUCAGCUACACGUUCCAGGUGGUGCAGGGCAACGCGGACAUGUUCUGGAAGUUCCAGCGCUACCACCUCAUCGCGGAGUACCACGAGCGCCCCGCCCUGGCCCCGCCCUUCAUCCUCCUCAGCCACCUGAGCCUGGCGCUCAAGCGGCUCUUCCAGAAGGGGGCUGAGCAGAGGCGGGCGCGCCUGGAGAGAGACUUGGCGGAGCCCCUGGACCAGAAGGUGGUCACCUGGGAGAUGGUUCAGAAGGAGAACUACCUGAGCAGGCUGGAGAGACAGAGGAAGGACAGCAAGGAGGAGGUUCUGAGGAAAACCGCCCACAGGGUGGACAUCAUAGCCAAGUACCUCGGGGUGAGAGAGCAAGAAAAGCGCAUCAAGCACUUGGAGUCACAGGUCGACUACUGCACAGUGCUCCUGUCCUCCAUGGCCCAGGGCGGCUCCUUCCGGAUAAUGAGCUACCUCUCCCUUCCCUGGGCCCGCCCCACCAGACACCCAGCAGCUGAGGGGUCUUCCUUCCUCACCAGACUCUCAGAACACCGAAGACGGACACCAGCAAGCCUCUGCCGGGCGCAGAGAGGGCGUGGGCAGCGGGGGGCACCCAGAGGCUGGCCGGCUGCUCUCGGACACCUGAGCAUUUGGACUGUCGGCGCACCGGGCCCACCUCUCCCAGAGCCCCAGGCCUGGCCCUCUGGCCCAGACCAGGAUGGGCAGGCGGGAACGUGGCCCUUAGCUGGCCGUCCUGGGCCCCUGAAGAUACACUGAACUGCCCCUGGCUCCGGUGGAGUCCUCAGUGGGCUGUGGCUCGAGUGGCCUUGUCAAAAGGAACCACUCCUUGCCCUGCCUGGCACCUUCCCGGGACCUCCCUCCACCUGGGAGCAUGGUGGGCCCUCUCCCAGGCCGGUGGAGAGCCCCGUGGGUCCCCAUCCUGAACCGCCCGGCCUGGGCUGACAGCACUUGCUGAGUCCGUGCCUGAAGCACCUCCCGUCUGUUGGGCAAGUCUCCCACCCACCCUGUGUUACCCGCCAAAAGACAGAUUUGUCCAGAA